AUGGAAUAUAAAUAUUACUAUCCCAAAGGCACCAACAGACAACAAGUUCCCGCUACUGAAAUGCUUCUCUUUCUACUCAUCUCAGUUGUUCUUGUUAAGACAGCCGAAGUAAGAAGCGGUGAUGCCUUGUUAACUCUUCGAAGUGGUGUUUCCUUAAAGGGCACCAAAUGGACCGUCGAUGGUGUGGAGGUGGACGCAUAUCUAGGCAUCCCAUUUGCAAAGCCACCUAUUGGCGACCUUCGUUUUGCUCCUCCAGUCGAGGCAAGAUUGUGGAAGGGUGAACGUGAUGCCACACAGCGUCCAAACACCUGCUGGCAGUACCUUUUCAGUGGUUUCGACUUGGCCAAUCCUGCUGCGCGCGUGUGGAUCAACAAUACGGGGAUGAGUGAAGAUUGUCUCUAUCUCAACGUGUGGGUGCCUGCGAAUAUGCCGCAGGAUGGCAAGCCACUACCUGUGAUGGUGUGGAUUUUCGGAGGAGGCUUCUUCAGUGGAACGUCCACACUCGACGUCUACGAUGGCAAGUUUCUUGCAGCUAAGGAGGGCGUCAUUGUGGUAUCCAUGCAGUACCGUUUGGGACCGUUUGGUUUCCUGUACGUGGAUUCGGAGGUUGACGGAAACAUGGGUCUCUUGGAUCAACGCCUUGCUCUCAAGUGGGUUCAAAAGCACAUUGCGAAAUUCGGAGGUGAUCCGACGAAAGUGACUUUGUUCGGGGAGUCAGCUGGUGCGGCGAGUGUCACGUUGCAGUACCUCUCGCCCGAGUCCCGUCCGCUCUUCCAGCGCAUGAUUCUUCAAAGUGCAAGCGCUCUCAACAGAUGGGCUUUGUCCACGAAAUCGGUGGCUCACGACGCAGGCCUUGCGUUCAUCAAGACAAGCAACUGCUUCAAGAAUGGAAAAAAUUUAAAGAGGGCUGUGAAAUGCCUCAAAAAGCUGCCAGCUGAGACUCUGUUUGACAGACUGUAUGAGCUGUCAGUUGCAUCAACAGCUAGACGCCAAAAACGCCUCUCUUCGCUGUCUCCUGCACAGUGGCCUGCCACAUUCCUCACCUCUGCUGCUCAGUACUUCGAGGUCAUCAUGCGUCCCGUUCUUGAUGGCAAAUUCUUGCCGGAUUGCCCGACAACCCUGCUCAAGUCCAUUCAGGAGGGCCAGGCGCCAGAGGCUCUGGUCGGCAACGUGGACAAG